UCCUUGCCUCUGUCAACCGACAGAACCGACAACUUUUUUACGUUAUACACCUAGUGUAAAGCAUUUUAAUUUGUAUAUAUAUAUCACAUAUUUUGUCACUUUUUAACUUGAGCUACUCCAGGUCAACACGUACCAUAUGGAGUACAUAAUUACUGUUUUUUUACUUUUUGUAUUUUACGGAGAUUUAAUACAAACGAGUCAGCGGAUUACGGCAAUUUCACCAAAACAAGGACUGAACUAUGGCGCAAACAGAGACUAAAGAGGGUCUCCUGAAGGAUUCAACUAGUGUUGUGUUACACAAAACAAUAUCAAAGGAAGCAUCUCCAGAAUCAAAAUGUCCUAUAUGCCUGGAUCACUUCAAAAACAUAUCUUACCUAAAUGUGUGCUUACAUAAGUUUUGCUUCCUUUGUGUCCGUGAGUGGUCAAAGAACAAAGCAGAAUGCCCUUUAUGCAAACAACCAUUCAGAUCCAUAUAUCACACCAUUAAGGCUGAAAAUGACUACAAAAGGUUUGACCUGCGACCAACCGAAAAUGGCUCAUUUGGCAACGUUGCAGGGCAAAGAUUCAGGUAUCGCACCACAGUUACAGGUGAUUAUAGACCAGCACCAAGGCGAACGUCUCCUCCCCCUGACCACGGAAUCUUAUUCGAGGGUCUGAGCAGAUCUCUUCCACAGCACCAAAACAGAGAUCUCCAUCGCACAAUGAGGAGGAUGGCAGCCAGGCGCAGGGCAGAGAGUGAGGGCAGGUCCGUGCGGAGUCUUCGUGAACAGGAACUAGUCAAAUUCAGACGGGCUUUAUACAGAAGAGGUGUGCGAGUCCAAAGUGUGCGGGACGGUGGCCGUUCCAGAGAGACCUCUGCAGAGUUUUUCCGAAAAAACCCUGCUUGUCUCCACAGGCUUGUGCCGUGGUUGAGACGGGAGCUCACAGUUCUGUACGGCACGCACGGUUCUUUCGCCAACAUACUGCAGCACAUUAUCAUGACCCUGAUCACUCGACAUAACCUGGACGAUCACGCUGUUCUUCACGAACUUAGGCCCUUCUUGCUGUCCCACACAGAACAUUUCUUGCAUGAGUUUCUUAGCUUUGCUCAGUCUCCUUUCAACAUGGAAGCGUAUGACCAGCAUGCCCUUUAUGAUCUGCCUGGCCCCUCCACUGAGAGCAGCAGUUCAGACACCUCUGUAAUUGCCAUUUCUGAGGAAGAGAGUGAUUCUUCAAUGCCUGAAGCCCAGGAUUUUACCACCCCUAGGGUCACCUUAAGCCAGACGACAUGGGAUGAUGAGACCCCUGGACCAUCCUACUCUUCAGAGCCAUCCCAGGUUUUUCCUUUACAUGUGAGAGACUCAGACUCUGAUAGCAGUGUAGAGGAAGCGGUCGUGUCUGUUGCUGCUGUGACACGGCGGGACCAUUCCUCUGACAGUGAUGAAGACUGUGUCAUCGUCGGAUAUGUAAAGUCAGUUGCAGAAAGGACACCAGAACUGGUCCAGCUUUCCUCUGAUUCAGAAGAGCCUGAAGACAACGAAGAGCAACAAAGUCCUCGCCCACCCCAACAUAUUCGUUUUACUUCAGAGUCACCCACUGUCACUCAGAGACCCUCGGGGAGUUCAAGAAGGGGCUCUUACUCUCCUGAAGACACUACACAUAUCCACACCUCUAAUCGUGCUAGACAAGAGGAUAACUCUGACAGAACGCAUCACAAAAGGGAGCUGUCUAAAGAAAGAUCUGCACACAGAAACAGAACAAACGCCAGCUCUCAUAAAGAUGAUAAGCGUGAGAAGAGACGUGAAAAAGAGCCCAGUCAUGGCACCUCAUCUUAUUGGCAUUCAUUUUGCCGUCAUAGAGAGAGUGGAAGGAGAUACUAUUCAGAGACACACUCAUCCUACACAACCUAUUGCAGAAGUGGAUACGACGGCUCUUGUUCUCGGUCGCGGAGUAGAAGGCGAAGCAAGGACUGUCAGAGGUUCAGAAGCAGCACGUGGAGCAACUCUAGAAUCAGCUCCAGCUCCUCCAAACGUCAUGGCAGAAGCCACUCAAGGAGUAAUUCUAGAAUCAACUCCAGCUCCUCUCAUCUGACUUCAAAUCAUGAUGAAGACGGCAGGAAAAGAAAAUACAAAACAAAGCAUCUAGAGGAACGCUCAAGGUGGAGCUCUGAAAAAUCUGAUGAAUAUCAUAGAAAGAAGAAAAAGAAAGAAAAGAAGCUUUACAAGAAGAAAAGUAGGAGUCCAAGUAUAGACGCUGCUUAUGAUGAUAAAUCUGAGCAUAGUAGGAAACAUCACAAAAAGAGGAAGAAACAAAAGAAGAAAAGCAAAAGACAUAAGAGUAAAGGGAGAAAAGGAAGUCAAAGCCCAGACCUAAUAACAAUUACAACUGACAGCGAUGGUGGUAACAGUGACCCUGCUGUACCCUCAGACAGAAAUGUAUGUCCUGUUAGUUCUAUUGUAAUAGUUACUGACAGUGCAACAGAAACUCAGCUGCUCAAGACCGGUUUUGUAGACGUAGAGCAAGAAGCAACUACUGCCAAUGAAUGUAGUUCUGAUGUGGAUGCAGGAAAUCACCAUCAAAAAGAUUAAAUGCCAUAUGAUUGAAUUUGAAUGUUAAAAUGAACUGUUAUUGUAAACUGAUAAAGUUUGCAUAGUAUAUUUUUUAUGAAUACAUUUUCAUAAAAACAAAUGUAUCUGAAAUUCUCUAAUGCAAAUAUUAGGCCGAAAAAUUAUGUAAUUAUACAACAUUGUAUGACCUUGUUGUCAAUGGUUUUUGUAUAACUUUUUUUUCUGUGCCAGGGCAACAACCACAGUCUUUCAAAGUUUAUACUUUCUUUCAGAGUCUAUAUGGCUGUCUCUAAUAAAGUGAAAGGAUCAUACAUUUCUACAAAUAUUUAUACACAUUAAUGUUUUUUUUUUGUUUGUAUGUUUGGCAGCAUUCUUACAAACACUGCGGUUCUACAAUUUUCUACAAAUUAAAAUGUAUUUUAAAGGGUUACUCCACCCCAAAAAAUGUUGUUCUGUUGAAUACAAAAAGAUGUUUUGAAGAAUUUAGAAAAGCAAACAAUUCUGGUGCACCUUUGACUACCAUUGUAAUUUUGUGUGUACUAUGGUAUGAUGUCCCAGAAAUGUCAUUUGCUAACAUUUUUUCUAAUAUCUUUGUGUUCAUCAGAACAAAUGUAUAAAGGUUCGGAACAACUUAAGGGGGAGUAAUUCAUGACAGAAUUUUCAUUUUUGGGUGGAGUAUCCCUUUAAGGUGGUAUUGCAUUUAACUUUUUUACAUAACAUUAUACAAUAUUGUAUUUGUACACAAUAUCUACAAUAGGCCUAAUUCUCCUUAAUGUGUUUUAUUGAGCUAGAUCUUUGUGUUGUGGCUCUAAGGGGCGGUUUCCCGGACAGGGUUUAGUAAUAGUCCCAGACUAACUAAAAUGUAAGAUGUGUCUUGAUCAACUCGCAAUGACAUAUCUUGAAAUAUAUCAGUGCCAUUGUUUUGUCUUAAGAUGCACACAAGUAAUGUUUUUUUUGUAAAAUAGGUUUUUAAAAACGACCUAAAUAUCCUAAUUUAACUUAAGGCCUAGUCCUUGCUUAAGCUGAACCCUGUCCAUGAAACCGCCCGAAAGAGUUUAUAAAUAUGAAUGUAGUCUAACUUAAGAUUCCUAUGUCUUUUGUACAACCUUAUUUUCAGGUUAUCUACAUUUCAAAGUAGCAAUAUAUUUUUCAUUGGCUAGACAUGUACGUUUAUAAUGCAUGUAUUUUUGGAUUGCAUUAAAAUAUUAAAUAUUGGUUGAACCGCCUCCGUAUAACAGAAAGUUGGCGGUAAUGCGCAAUUCAGUUUUCGAAGCAGCAUAAAUUAAAGUACACAGUAGGAAGUGUCGGGUAGUACUGCUUACCGUGACUGACCUGUACACCAAGUGGGUGAUUUCAGAACCCAUGCAGUCUAAGACAGCAGCUGAAGCUGAGACAAUGCAUAAUUUUAAACCUGGCAGCUUUCACAAGGAUGUAAACGAUCUGCCUUUAAUUUCAGAUUGGAAAUGCUUGCCUCAAGAUUGUAGAAGCUGCACGACAACAUUUACUGUGUACUAUUGUGGCCCGGUUUCACAGACAAGGCUUAGUUUACGCUAGGACUAGGCCUUAGUUAAUUAUCUGCAUGUUGAUGGUAAGAAUGUUUAAUUUGUCAGAGCUGUUAGAUAAUAAAAGCAAACUCUUACAGUGUUAUUUGUGUUUCACAGUAUGCACCUGCACAUCGUGUCCAUUCACAGAGACACCCGAUGGUAGUCUACACCAUUGCAGUCUAUCUGUCCUUCUGGUUUUCUUCCCACCUUUUCGAUUUCAACAUGGCAGCGGAGUGAAAUCUAUUGCAUGUGCAGCAGCCAGCCAUUGUCAGAGACCUACAUUCAGCAUGGGACUGAAUACAAAGUCACAGAGACUUAUUCCAUGGGGAGGUGACAGAGCCUGUAUUUUUGCGGAUGCACAGGGACGAUCAACAAAAUGCCAUCAGAAAGGUCCUGAGGAGUCAAUAUUCCAAGACGAAGGAUGACUUUUUGUUUGUAUUUAAGUAUCAAGAAGACAUGGAAACAUUUUUUGGCAUACUGUAUUGAUAAACAUGGCCUAAAGGUCAAUGCCAUGUUCCUCAAUCAGCAAUUUAAGUAGAUGGAUAGAUUAGUGAGGGAGGGAGGGAUGGAAGGAGGUAGUGAGUGAAUGAAUGACUAAAGAAAAG